AUGGCAAAUACUGCUAACGACGCUGGCUCAAAAAAUUGGCUCAAAGAGAGAGCAGCCAUAUCUGCUGCACACAGACGACAGAAGACGGACCCUGCUGUAGGGAGACUUAUCGAAAAGGCCGAUCAAUUACAUAAAGAACGUACCCAUCGAAACCUGCGGGAUCCUAAAGAGAACGAUAUCGCUGAAGAUGAUGGUGAAGACAUUGACGCCAUUGUAAAUAUACCUCCCCCAGCCGAAGUAGUCGUUAAAGCAGUCACACCAAAACUAACUGAAACGGAGCUAGAGACUCAAAGCCACGAUAAGGAGGCCAGCGAAGAUUUGUUCCGUAAUUUUGCCAAGAGCGUUUUGGAAGAAACCUUGACUACAGAAUCUUCACUCGAACUGUCGUUUGAUCUUAAGCCUGAAGAUAUUAUAAAGGAAGAUAACGAUGAGGAGGAGGAUGCAGAUGAAGGGGUUGAAGGGGAGGAAAGGGCGGAUGGAAACGAAGAGGGAGAGGAUGGGAGAGCAGAGGGGGAAGAGCAAGACAAAGAUAAGGAAUAUAAAGAUGGAGAAGAGGCGGAAGAUAAUGGCGGCGGAGAAGGAGGAGUGGAAGAAAAAGGCGAAAGUGAAGAGGGAUAUGAAUUUAUAGGUACAGAAACAUUGCAAAGUGAAGAUAGCGUUGUGCUUAUAGACGAGACUCAAUUACACUCUAAAGACGAGUUGACUGCAUCCGAGUAA